GAUUUGUGUCAUUUUAUUAUUGCAUAUAGUUGCAUAUUUUCGAUUUUACAUUUACGCUCCUGGACAUAUAUCUAUCUCAUUUUAAGCGCAGGAGAGUGAAAAGGAAAGACUUCUAUAUGUUUGUAUACGUGUUGGUAAAGAAAGAUAAAAUUUUUCCAUGCUAUACUCGAUAACAGUGAUAUUCUAUGUGUUAAAUAACUUUCUCGAGUAAAAAACAUUCUCUUAAAAAAAAAGUAUACUUGCAUAAAAAAGAAAACAGCUACAUCAUUAACAGCUGACGAACUAACCUCGUCAGAAUUGAGAAUAUUAUAGGAGAGAAUUAUAAAAGUCUUAUCCGCCUGACAUAUCUAAAGGAAAUAAUAAGGAUUCAUUUAUUAAAAGCAUGUCGUAGAAUCUAACCUCUCGUGUAAUUAAUUAUCAAGACCAUAUGUGUUGAGGUUAGUUAGGAUUACCGUAAGGUCGAAUAAUUCCGGGUACAGACAUGAUUAAGGCAAUCUUAGUUUUUAACAAUCAUGGGAAACCUCGUCUUUCCAAGUUUUAUCAGUACUUCAAUGAGGAUAUGCAACAGCAGAUAAUAAAAGAGACAUUUCAGCUUGUUUCAAAGAGAGACGACAAUGUAUGUAAUUUCUUGGAAGGUGGUAGCCUGAUUGGUGGAUCCGACUAUAAGUUGAUCUAUCGACACUAUGCUACGCUUUAUUUCGUGUUCUGUGUUGAUAGUUCAGAAUCGGAGCUUGGAAUUUUAGACUUGAUACAAGUCUUUGUCGAAACUUUGGACAAAUGUUUUGAAAAUGUGUGUGAACUUGAUCUUAUUUUUCAUGUAGACAAAGUUCAUUUCAUACUCAACGAAUUGGUGAUGGGUGGUAUGGUACUUGAAACCAAUAUGACUGAAAUUCUCACAAGGAUCGAAGAUCAAAACAAGUUAGAAAAGCAAGAGGCGGGAAUCACAGCAGCGCCCGCGCGUGCUGUCUCGGCGGUGAAGAACAUGAAUAUACCGCAACAAAUAAAGGAUAUGAAGCUGCCUGACUUGCCACAAGCUAUAAAAGAUCUCAAAUUCUGACCAGCCGUCACUUCGUUGGCACCUAGCUGACUGGUUUCUUCUGCCAUCCCGAACGUAACCGACACUACCACCGCACCGAGGGCACUUUUCUCCUCUCUUCAAGCAAACGAGAAUGCACCAAUGUUGCCUGCUGCAUCUGCAUAUAUCCCAUCUCAACGAUAUCAGAGUUAAGGGCCACGGAUGAAUCAUUAUUUGAUUGCUACUAUUUUGGAUUACAAGUUUUGCUGGCAAGUAUUUUGGAAAAGAAUAUAAAUUAAAGACUCGAAAGUUUUUACAUUAAAAGAAAAUUAAAUAAGAAUGUUCUUUAGAUUUUUAUAUAUGUAUGUUAGAAAGUAUAUUAAAACAAUAUCAAGUCUAUGAAUUUGACUAUGAAUUGGGUAACUUUGAUUGCCCAAAGUAAUCUAGCCCCGCGUUCCAUUAGAAAGAAGCACGUCCACAGUUAUUCACCAGAAAUAUGAAAAACAUUAAUGUGUUAUAUUGUAAGAAAAUAUAUUUAAUAAACAAACUAGCAAUGUGUA